CACAGCACCUACGGGGACUUCAAGUACAGCAUCUACCCUCUCAUAUACUCCCUCACAGUGUCCACAGUCAUGGCCAUCUUCCUCACAAUCAUCGUCUUCACAAACCAUACCCAAAGACCCUCAUGGCUAUUAAGAGUGGGCAGCUUCCUGGCAUCGGUCAACUUGGUGAUUCUGAUUGUUAGAGCCAUCAUUUGCUUGAAAGAUCAACAUGCUAUAGGGAUAAGUGAUGGUGAAAAACUACUGGAUGACUUACAAAGCAACGAAGUGUUCAAUAUAAUUGACUUUAUCUUUGUGCUUAUUGCGCAAUUUGCUCAGGUUCAAAUCAUUAUACGGCUUUUCUCAAGAGUUAAAGAGAAAAGAGUUAGUUUUAUUCUUGGUGGUACUUUGUCAAUUUGUGCUCAAGUUAUAUGGGGUGUUUCCACUUUUUCACAAUUUGAUCAAACUGAUGAUUCUGAUAUUUCAAUCCUACCUGCUUUCACUUAUUUGUUAAGAAUUGCAUUAGCCACAAUGUAUUCAGGAUUGAUUAUAAUUUAUUCUUUUGGUAAAAGAUAUUACAUUUUCCAAAGAAGUCUAAUCUUGUUAACAGUGUUGACUUUCUUAGUUAUCAAUUUACAAAUUGCAUUCUUCAUCACUGAUAUAGCAAACAUUUGGGUUUCGGAAUUAUCUGAAAUCUUCAACACUACAAUUUAUGUUAGUGUUACAGUUAUCCCUUGGGAAUGGAUCAAUAGAGUACAUGCAUUAGAAAGACACGAACAAAGAGAAGGAGUCUUGGGAAGACCUGUCUACGAAGAUGAAUAUAAGGAUAUAGCAAGAUAUGAGAUUCUUGAUAACAACUUCAACACUGAAAAUGAAAAUAACAAUAACAAUAAUAAUGAUGGUGACCAAGGAGAUCAUGAACUAUCACAGGCUGGACCAAAUGAUCGCUCAAAUAGAAACACACCAAAUGUUGGUGAAGAAUCCUCAAGUAACAUCAAAGAUAAAAUCAAAAACACAUUCAGCAAUACAACAAACACCUUGUUAUAUUUCACAGAUCAAGUUAUUGCUUAUGGUUUAGCUGUUCCUCGUUCAGUUAGUGUUAGCAGUACUGCAAGAGAGAAUGAGCAACGUGAAAAGAGACAAAAAGCCAAUAAUAAAGAAGUUUACAUCUACUCAAAGAAGGAGGUUGUCGUUGAUAGUGACAACGAAGAAGAUCAAUCUCCAAGCACGUCUAGAACAUUAGAGUCAUCAUCAGAAACCAAUGACCAUAGAACCUCUGAUGAGGUAUGAAUAUAAUGAAUUAUUUAAUGAACGCUUAC